ACAACACUCUAUAACAUCACUAUUUUGCAAUUGGGAAAAUUUAAAAUAUUAGUUAAGUGGACUACUUCAGGAUUUAGAAAAUCACGGAUCGCCAAUGACAAAUUGAAAAUCUGGGCAAUUUUCUUUAAACCGUACUAUUUUACUGUACAUGGAGAUUUCAGAUUGCUAUUAAAACACUUAUUUGAUUAGAAACCACAACUUCGCUAAACAUAAAUGGAGGCUAAUAGACGGCCGUAUCGAAUUUGAAAAGCUAGCGUUUUGAGUGCUGGCCCUUCUGCCUUGUCCCAACUGAAGGUUUAACACUCAAAACAUGUGCUUUUUCAUAUUCUCUAAGGUCACAAAAAGCUAAUUUAAAAGCACUGUGUCCUGAAUCUGUCAGCUGACCCAAAUUUCCAUUAACUCUUGUAGAUGAUGGAGAAAUUUGAAACAUCCCUGUCAGGAAUGGAACACAAACUGGUGAACAAGAUGUCUGCCUUGGAAAACAACGCGAGUGCUGCACUAUCAAACAUCGAAGGACGCCUGGAGUCACUGGAAGGACAAUCCCUGACUCAUUUUUCAAGGCUCGACCUCGAUGCCACAGUCACAGAUAACGGCUUUGCUGCUGACAUCCCAGAGUUAGACAAAAAUGAGCCACCUGCAGACAUUGGGGGCCUAAGCACCAUUGAUACUGACACACUGGACAGGCUUUGUGAGGAGGUCCAACCAGUCAGGUUGUGCAACCUACCAGAGUGGCAACUUCUGCGCAGGAAGUUGGCGAGGAACUGAUUGGUACGUGUGUGACACCCACGAAAAUAAAAGCAGUCCAGCAGGCCCUGGGACGAGGAAGUGAACGGCACCUCUGUGUGCUGAAGCUCCUGCAGUCUUUUUUCAUCAGCAAGAAACUAGCGAACAGCAAUACUGAUGGUACUUAUGGAGAAAAGCGUCUAGACAGCGCCAAACUCAAUUCACUUAAAGUGUUAGUUUUCAAUAAGUUUCCAGCUGGCACCAACGAGGAUAAGGAGAAAGUAUGGAGGUA